CGCACAGGAAAUUCAUUUAGAAAAGUGACCGGCUAUUUUUUCUCCAACAUUUGCUGAAUUGUUGCUUAUUUAUGCAACGAUACACAUAAUCCUAGAAGAAAAUAACAUCAGAAAGAAUUAACCAUGGCAAGUGUAUCUUACCACAUCGCAAAUCUUCUGGAGAAGAUGACCUCCAGUGACAAAGAUUUUCGGUUCAUGGCAACAAAUGACUUGAUGGCUGAACUGCAAAAAGAUUCUAUCAAGCUAGAUGAUGAUAGCGAACGAAAAGUGGUGAAAAUGUUGCUGAAACUUUUGGAAGACAAGAAUGGAGAGGUUCAAAAUUUAGCUGUAAAAUGCCUAGGUCCACUGGUAAACAAAGUAAAAGAGUUCCAAGUAGAGACAAUUAUAGACACACUGUGUAGCAAUAUGCUGUCAGACAAGGAGCAACUCAGAGAUAUAUCCAGCAUAGGAUUAAAGACAGUGAUCAGUGAACUUCCUCCAGCGAGUACAGCACUCGCGGCUAAUAUUUGUAAGAAAAUCACUGGCAGAUUAACAAGUGCAAUUUCAAAACAAGAGGACGUAUCGGUACAGCUUGAGGCAUUGGAUAUACUUGGUGAUUUACUGAGUCGCUUUGGUGGUCUACUUAUCACAUUUCACCCUUCAAUACAACAAGCCUUGCUGCCACAGCUUGCUAGCCCCAGAUUAGCUGUUAGAAAGAGAUCUAUACUAGCCAUAGGCCACCUUGUAUCAAGCUGCAACAGCUGCCUGUUUGUAGAGCUGAUUGACUUCUUAUUAACUGAGCUACAAAAGAACAAAUCUACAUCUACCACUCGUACAUAUAUACAAUGUAUUGGGGCAAUAAGUCGUUCAGCAGGCCACAGGAUUGGGGAACAUUUAGAAAAAAUAGUGCCUCUUAUUGUAAGCUUCUGUAAGAUAGAAGAUGAUGAACUGAGAGAGUAUUGUAUACAGGCCUUCGAGUCAUUUGUCAGAAGAUGCCCUAAAGAAAUAUCUCCCCAUAUACCAGUGGUGAUUGACCUGUGUCUGGACUACAUCAAACAUGACCCUAACUACAACUAUGAUGAGGAGGAUGGGGAUGAGGGGAUGGAUGAAGAUAUGGAGGAUGAUGAGGAAGAAGAGUCUGAUGAUGAGUACAGUGAUGAUGAUGACAUGAGCUGGAAGGUGAGGAGGUCCUCAGCCAAGUGUUUGGAUGCUAUCAUGGGGACAAGACAUGAGAUGUUGCAGGAGCUCUAUAAGACUGUAUCACCUGCACUUGUGUCGAGAUUCAAAGAGCGCGAGGAGAAUGUGAAGGCAGAUAUAUUCCAUGCUUAUAUUACUCUUCUAAGACAGACUAAACCCACUGUGUCUUCUGACCCUGAUGCCAUGGAGCAGGAAGAGGGGCCAGUUGUGCUGCUUCAAAUCCAGAUUCCUAGUAUUAUUAAAGCCAUACAUAAACAACUCAAAGAGAAGAGUAUUAAGACAAGACAGGGGUGCUUCAGUUUACUGACAGAGUUGGUGUUGGUCCUGCCAGGGGCCUUGAAUGACCACAUCCCAGCCCUGGUACCUGGUAUACAGUUUUCUUUGGGAGAAAAAAAUUCCAGUUCUAAUAUGAAGAUAGACACAUUGUCAUUUCUGAACUGUGUACUUCUUCAUCACAAUCCAGUUGUGUUCCACCCACAUGUUCCUGUCCUGUUGCCACCUGUUAUAGCAGCCAUUGGAGACCCAUUCUACAAAAUCACAUCAGAGGCCUUGUUGGUCACCCAGCAGAUGGUCAAGGUCAUUAGACCACUAGAGCAGCCAACUGCAUUCAGUUUUGCACCCUAUGUAAAGGAGAUCUACACAGCCACAUUGAGCAGACUUAAAGCUGCAGAUAUAGACCAGGAGGUCAAAGAGAGGGCCAUUUCUUGCAUGGGCCAGAUCAUAUGUAACCUUGGAGACAGUUUACAGCAGGAGCUACAGAACUGCCUUCCUAUCUUCUUGGAAAGACUAAGGAAUGAGAUCACCAGGUUGACCACUGUCAAGUCUCUCACUUUGAUUUCAGGUUCUCCUUUAAAAAUAGACCUCAGACCUAUGUUGCCUGAGGGAAUGCCCAUUCUGGCAUCAUUCUUGAGGAAGAAUCAACGAGCCCUGAAACUAAGCACUCUUGUUUGCCUUGAUGCAAUGUUCAAAAACUAUGGUUCAUCUCUGAGUGCAUCUAUGAUUAAUGAUGUUAUGAAAGAAUUACCUGCAUUGAUCAAUGAAAGUGAUCUCCAUGUAUCUCAGCUCACUAUGAACCUACUUACAACCAUAUCUCAAGUUAGCAAGCUAAGCAUGUCCAACAUUCAGAGUGCUAUUCUGCCUCAACUGCUAGUGCUCAUACAAUCACCUCUUCUGCAAGGAGGAGCACUAAACUCAUUACUAGAGUUUUUCCAAGCAUUGGUUCAGAGUAAUACACCUGGAAUGGGCUUCACUGAACUUCUCAAUAUGCUGACUGGUCCUAUAUACUCUGCCCCUAAUGGCAGCUUCGCUGUACAUAAACAGGCAUUCCAUUCCAUUGCCAAAGCUGUAGCUGCCCUUACUAUAUGUUGCAAGCAACAGGGUACAGGGGUCGUUAAUCAAUUUGUCAGCAACUUAAAAACAUCGCAGUCUUCUGAUUCUGUGCAGCUGCUAGCUCUUCUCACACUGGGGGAGAUUGGUAACCACAUAGAUCUGGCUGAUCAAGGGAACUUAGAGCAUGUAAUUCUGGACUCAUUUUCAUCACACAAUGAGGAAGUCAAGUCUGCUGCAUCAUUUGCAUUGGGAAACAUUGCUGUUGGAAACCUCCCAAAAUACUUACCAUUUGUUCUCAAAGAAAUAGAGCGCCAAGUGAAAAAACAAUACUUGCUUCUUCAUUCAUUAAAAGAGAUUAUUAGCUGUGAAUCUGUGAAUGCUCAGUCAGUAGAAAAUAUAAAACCAUACAUAGAGCCUAUUUGGUUGAUGUUGUUCAGUCAUUGUGAAUCACAAGAAGAGGGUACUAGGAAUGUAGUGGCAGAGUGCUUAGGGAAACUAACCCUCAUAGACCCCAACAACCUCCUUCCAAAGUUAAAGAACAAUCUUGACUCUGGCUCAGCUCUUACUAGAAGUACAGUUGUAACAGCUGUGAAAUUCACUAUUUCUGAUCAGCCUCAAGCCAUAGACUCACAAUUACGUAAUUCAAUAGGAGAUUUCUUGAAUACGAUACAAGACUCUGACCUGAAUGUGCGUCGUGUAGCCCUCGUUGCAUUCAACUCUGCAGCGCACAAUAAACCAUCUCUCAUUCGAGACCUUUUAGAGUCAAUACUGCCCCACCUCUACAAUGAAACUAAAGUUAGGAAAGAGCUUAUCAGAGAGGUUGAGAUGGGGCCUUUCAAACACACAGUGGAUGAUGGACUUGAUAUAAGGAAGGCAGCAUUUGAGUGUAUGUACACAUUGUUGGACUCCUGUCUGGAUAGGAUAGAUAUCUUUGAGUUCCUUAACCAUGUAGAGGAUGGUUUGAAGGAUCACUAUGAUAUCAAAAUGUUAACAUAUCUUAUGUUAGUCCGCCUUGCUCAUCUAGUGCCUAAUGCUGUACUGCAGAGAUUAGAUCGUUUGGUGGAACCGCUACGUCAGACAUGUACCCAGAAAGUUAAGGCAAACUCUGUAAAACAAGAGUUUGAGAAACAGGAUGAACUUAAGAGGUCAGCUAUGAGGGCAGUGGCAUCAUUACUGGCAAUACAAGAUGCAGAUAAGAGCCAACUGAUGAAUGAAUUUCUCAACCAGAUCAAAGUCAACCCAGAAUUGUGCGCAAUGUUCGAGGGAAUUCAGAAAGACGCAAAUGCAAGCUCAUCUGACACAACUCUAAUGGACACAAGCUGAAAACUGAAAUCCUUAUUACAUGUAUAGAAAUGUGUAAGACAUGUAAAUAGUUGAGAUCUUCGCUCUUUAUUCUACAGGCUGGAAUUUCGGACAGUUAGAGAGCUAUAUUACAUUACAGUAUAAUCCAUUGGAUAUUGUAGCUCAGAUUUGUUUAAUCCAAGAAAUGUUAUAAAUCAUGGGACUAUUCCACGUGUCAUGAAGUUAAUUGACAAGUCGAUAUCAAAGAUUGCUAUAAUAAUUAUGUGAGCAUUUUAUACAAAAGUAAACCCCUGUUAUUAGGGCUUAUAGAGUGUAUAAUUGAAAGCUUGGUAUUAUAUUUACACGUUUAAUAACUUGGUUAUUACCUUUGUGUGACUAGUAAACAAUAAAAGAAAGAUCAUUUAUUAUUGUAAAUAUUCUCUUAAUUCAAGGGAAUAAAUCAGAUUUUAUUGAAGAUUGAAUUGCUGUUUCACGAGGAAAAUGCCAAUUAACUAUAUUUUUUUCGAAUAAUAUUUUGCCAAAUGAUCAUUGCCAACUACUAAAGAGUAAUUGUAUAUCUUUGCAAAACAAAACUUCAGUUUUCUCAGGUUAUUGGGGAUUAACAUGAGAUUGAUAGAUGUAGGUCACUUCAAAGUGAAUAGAUCCUCAACAAGUCACUUACUCCUAAGGAAUGACCUGUUGUUUUGUAAGUACUAUAAUGUCCAGUUUUGUAAAAUAACGGGCAGUUGUCAUGCGGGGAAACCUGUUGUAAACAUUGUCAAACGUCAUUUAUUUCAGUUUAGGAAUAAAAUUCUUUAUUGACUGAAAUUGAUUUUGUGUAAAUCAACAGUAAAGCUUAAGCUCAUUUAGAAACAUGUGGGCAAAAUGAUAUUUUCUGUCAAUGCCUCAGGCUCAUGCAGAAACAUGUGGGCGCAAAAAAAAACAGACAAAUGGGGAAAAAUGACAUCCAAAAGUCAUUAUCGGCCCAUAGAAUCAAAGCCCUUGGGUGAUAUAUAAGAAUUAUUAAUUAACCUGUAUUCACAAGAACAUUUCAAUUAGUGGUUUUGUAAUAUAAUACAUAAUUUAUUUUAUGAGGUAUCUAGCUAAAAUGUAAGUCGAUAUUCAACCAUUAUUUAGUUGAAAGCUGAGUUGACGUCAUCAUUUUCAUCAUUUUCAAAGGAGCAAGUAGGUUAUUGCAAACAAUUUCAAACUAUUCUUACUUGAAUUAUCAAUAUUUUCUGAUCAUGAACAUG